AUGACUGAAACAGAGGUAAAACCAACAGAGCCUGUGCAAGAAGGUCAAGCAAAACAACCGCAAAACAAUCAGAAGCAACAAAAAGGCCAGCAGAAGCAGCAAAAAGAACAAAAAGAGCAAGGCCAACAAAAUCAGCAAAAAGGCCAACAAAAGCAGCAAAAAGAGCAAGGCCAGCAAAAUCAGCAAAAAGGUCAACAGAAACAGCAAAAUCAGAAAGAUCAAAACAAGAAACAGCAAAAACAACAAAAUCCUGAUCAACAACAAAAACAAAAGCCUCAGAAUCAAAAGCAACAACAAAAUUCUAAGCAAGCCAAUCAACAGCAAGGAAAAGCAUCCGAUAGUCAACCAAAAGAAGCCGAAAUUGUUGUUCAAAAAGAUAAAACAGCCAUUGAGCAACUUUUCCCACAUAUUCCAUGCGUAGCACCCAUAUCAAGCCAAGAAAUACUCAGUAUUGCCGAAAAAGCCAAUCCAAACAUGCAAGUUCAUCCCUCAUUUAUCAAAUUCAUUUUAACAACCUGCUACGACUUAACCAUUGAUGAAAACGAGAAAUGCCGCAAAUUCCUCAAGACAAUCAGCGAGAUGGUCGAUGAUUUACCAGUAGAACCCAGAAUAAAUCAAAGUAUCCUUGAUAUCAUAAAAUUCUCGAUGAAAAUCCUUACACAGAUCCGCGUGACCACACCCGGCAUUUCCAACUGCGUUCGCUUCAUCAAAUCCCAACUUACUCUCUUAUCCAUCCAAGAUGGAGCCAAAAAGUUCAAAGAAGACCUUCUCGACGUUAUCGAGGCCUUCUCCGCAGAGCGUAUCGACGAAUCCGCAAACAAGCUCAGCAAGAUCAUCGGAGAAAACAUCUCAAACGAUGAUAUAAUUCUGACUUACGGUUAUUCGCCGAUUAUUUUCAAUGCUUUCAAAACCGCCAGGGAACUUCAGAAAUCAUUUAAGGUUAUUAUACUUGAUAACAGUCCCAUUUCUAAGAGUCGUUCUAUGAUUGAAGAAGUUGAUGGCCUUGAUGUCAGGUAUGUAUUAGUUUCAGGAGUUUCGUACAUCAUGCCUGAAGUUAAGAAAGUUUGGAUUGAACCAUGCGGAAUUCUCUCGAAUAACGCUGCAUUGACAACUGCUGGUACUGCCAUGAUAUCAAUGGUUGCACACGAUUUCAACAUCCCUGUCGUGUUCGUAUGCCCAUGCUACAGAUUUGUUCCUGACGUGAGAGUUGAUUCUCUGUCAAAGAAUGAAAGAGUUGACUCAAAACUCGUCAAAUCUUUCAACCAGGAAAAGGUGGAAGGUGUCGAGUUCUUCUCUCUCUGCUACGAUAUAACUCCAGCAGAGUUCGUAAAUACAGUUAUUUACGAAAUUGGAAAUAACCCUGUCAACUCUAUCUCUACAAAUAUGGUAUUCAUCCAGGAUCAGUAUGUACUCUCUUAUAGGAAAUAA